AUGGCAGAACUCGGUACCAGUCCAGGUCCCGAUCCAAUUCUAGAUCCAGACCCGAGCACCACCGCAGAUACCGACACCGACACCGCCACCGCUGAUUCCGACCACAACAACAUUCCUAACGCCGAUGACGCCCGACUUCCUGACGCCGAUGCAAUGGCCGACUUCGUCCAAACUCCCGCUGCCCGCCCGAAUGAGGGGUCCAGGAUGCGAUGCUGCUGCGGACGCACAGAUUGUGUCUAUUUGAAGCACAGCUGCACCGUCCUCGAAACGGUCGAAAAGGACGUCCAUACCGCUGCCAAGCUGGGCAAGGCUCUUCUUGCUCGUCAUGAGGCAUACAUGGCUGAUGCCGAACGAGACCGCAUGUCAUUGACGACCCGCAUAGAGCAGCUGGAAAACGAAAAGGUGGAACUGCAGGCCGAGAACGCGAGAACGGUCGAGGAGAACCGUUCCUUGCUGGACCAGCUCGAAAUGCUCAACAGCACGGUCCAGGACUCCGACAUCCGCAUCCAGACCCUCGAGGCCACCUUGCUGUCGUCCCACCAGGCAGUGCGUCGCCUCGAGGGUGCGGCCGCCCGCGCUGCAGAGAUGGAACGGCAUAUUGCACUCCUCGAACAGGAGCAGCUGCGUCUGCAGAACACUCUCAUCACCACCGAGUCCGAAGCCCGCUCCGCAAUGCAGCGGUGGAGGAAGGCCGAGAGGGGCAUCUCCGACCUUCAGGAGCAACUCGAGCGCAUGGAAAAGGAGGCCAAGGAGGAGCGAGAACGCCAUGUCGAGGUCCUCGGUCGCAUGGAGCGCCAGCGCGAGAUGGAGAAGGAGCUCAACACUGCCGCCGGACGCCUCAAGGGAGCUGCCGCGGCCAAGUCUCUUACCGCCGGGAAACCCGCCAGCAGCGUCGUGUCCCACUUCGUUCGGGAUCUCCUGCAGGACAAUGCAAACCUGCAACUUGGCAUGGCCGAGCUUCGGGAAAUGCUUAUCAACUCAAACGACGAGAUUCAGGCCAUGCGGGACCAGUUGAUGUGUCACCAGCCCAUCGGCGACGAGGACCCAAGGACCACAGCAACAUUACGUGCGGAGAUCGGGCCAGAGCUCGGCGAGUUGACGCAAAACAUUUCUCAGGAACUUCACAUUCACCACCACUACCAUGUUGCGGAAAAGACCAAGCCCAAAAAGAAACGCCACAGCUUCAACCCAGGCGUAUUUUCACCUGCUAGCAUUUCGCGAUCCUCCACGCCGCCGGCCGUAUGGCGACCCGGUCCUUCGCCGAUAACACCGCUGGCUUCCCACUCUCACAAGGGCUCGACGUCGACGCUCUCGAUGCCGCCGUCUAACCGAUGGUCCGUCUUUUCGGAUCAGCCUUCCGAGUUUGCCCCUUCGUCUGUCCCCAGCUCGCCGCAGUCGAACCCCCGCCUUUCCAUGUUCGACAGGCCGAUGCUCGAGACCGAUUUGCCCAUGUCGCCGACGACGAGCUUGGACCCCUCGUCGCCUACCUGGAAGCUCUCCCACAGCAAACGCCCGUCGGAGGCAUCGAUCCGAAGCUUCACCAUACCCUCCAAGCUCAUUAGUGUGGCUUCACCGGCACCACCGGCCGCGCCCAGCUUGCAUGUGUCCCAGCACAUUUCGUCCACAAUCGAGGAAGAAAGGGAAGAGAAUGGCCCUGAAGAAGUACCGGGUCUUAUUACGCCCAACGAUGAUCACACAGAGACGGAGCCGGAGACGGAAACCGAAACAGAGGUUUCCUUCUCCAAAGACGAGGAACUACCCCGCAGACGUUUACACCGCGCCGUUUCUCACGAAUCGAUCAUGUCCUUGUCAGGAGGAUUGGACAUCCACACGCUCAAGGUGCGGCCAAGUCAACUGACGCUUCGCCCGCUGGGUGGAGCCGAUGCCGUAUUUACCGGCGUCACAGCACGGUCUACGAUAUCACGGGGAAGCGACAAGCGUAGCGACGCUUUGCUGCGCGAUAGUCUCGCCGGCCGACCGAUGUCGAGAAUGGUGUCGACGCCCAUUCGAAGUGGAUCCCCAGCAAGCACACAUUCCCAGCAUUCUCAAAACUCGGGCGGCCUGGGCAGGUGGGUCAGCUGGCGGCCAUGGACCGGAGGCUCAGCGGCUUCGGCAUCCCGGGCGACAACGCCGACAGCGGCACCGCCGACGCCGACGCCGGCCAAGCGCAGCGGAAAGGAGAAGGAGAAGGACAAAGACCUCCUCAGAGCGCCGGGCAUCAACCAGCCUGGCGCCAUUCCCGGCUUCCAAGAAUACCUGGCGGCCCACCAGCGCCGCGGUCCUCCGAGCAAGGUGUUGCCUGAUGCUGUUGAUGUCGAUGCGCUGCGAGAAGUCCUCGAAGAGUGA